AUCUGAUUUAGAAUUUAUUAAUUCUACAAAAUUAACAGUUAAUAAACGGUAUCAAAAAAUCUAUAAAACAAUUCAAAGCUCUGUCUCAAAUCAGGAAAACUCUAUUAAACGACAGAACGAAAAUCGUUUUUCAAAAAGACGACAAAGAGUGUUUUAUAAUAUUAAAAAGACAGAAAGUAAUUAUUCUUGCAAUAGCAAUAAUAAGACAAAAUAUGAAAAUAUUUUCACUGAACAAAAACAUAUAACUGGUUCAUUAAAUAUGGACAAAAGUCGACGGAAAGGAAAUAAAAUGAAAACUACUCGUAUAAAAGGUGAUGAUUGUAAUGAGUGCUUGGGCUGCGAAUGUUCAAAUUGUAAAAGGGAGCACCAAUUAAAUGAUGUUAGUGGUCGAAAAAGUCGAAUUACGAUAUUUGGUCAACUCGGAUUAACGCAAGACGACCGAUAUGUCUUAAACUGUGCUGCAACGUUGAACGACAAACCUAUACAAACGAAUUAUAUGGAUCAAAAUAAAAGCUUUUAUCAGCAAGAAACUAACGACAAGGAGACAAAGGCAACGCAGGCAACACAAGUCAAUUUUAACUUUUUAAAGCAGAAGCCGAUGAAAGCUUACAAAGAUAAAACAGUACAAUGCUGUUGUUAUAGUAAAAAUUGCGAAAACAUGGUAGGAUAUGUUUCUGAAACGGAAUCUGAAGAUAUUGAGCUAAAAAAGUGCAAAAGUCCAAUAGUCGUGAUAUCAGUGUAUCCGAGGCAGGAUUCAGAAGAAAAAAUUAAAAAUAACCCCGGCAAAAUUAUUCGUCACCAAACUCCACCACAAAACAAAAUGUUUAGUAGAACACAUCAAAUAAACAAGGUCCAAGUUAAGAGUGAAAGAAAGCCGAUAACAGAAACUACAAAUAAUGGUUUUGUAGAACAUAAACUUAACAAAAGCAGAUCGCCUUCUCCUGCUUUUCAAACAGUUACCAAGGCUAAAAAUAGAAAUACUGAUUCAAAUACAAGAAUGAAUAAUAGACCGAAACGAGUUAGUCCUCUUCGUCAAACAAGUCCUGAUAAAUCAGUAAAUAAAUCGAAUGAUAUCAAAAAGAACAUUAGUUAUACUUCCAAGUCUAUAAAAGAAACGGAUUAUCGAAAAGAACAACGUGACAUUGGAAAUUCAAAUAAAGAACAAGUUAAAAAGGCUUUGGUUAACACUUUUCUUAAAAAUAACAAGCUCUUAGAUCCUAAAGAAGACACUUCAAAAAUAACCAUAGAUAUCAAUGGUGAUAAAGAACAAUAUAAUGUUUUAUUCGAGAAGCGUAACUUUGAUACUGGAUUAACAGUACGAAAAACGGUCAAAGCACAGUCUCAUAAAAAAAACAAUCAAAAAGAUGAUGAAAAAUUAAUGAAAAAAUUAUUAUUACUAGAUGAUGAAGAUAAGGAGUCUUGCAAAAGCAGGUUUUAUAAUCCGCAAUGUCGCAACCUUCCUAAAUUGUUGGCGUCCGAGUCAAGAUUAAAAGUGAAAGAUAGUCUUGAAAUUUUUCACAGGCGAGAAGAUCGAAAUAGCUCACGAUUAGAGCUCAGUCCAAGACAAACGAAUUCGAUCAAUAAACAAAGCAAACAUUUCCGAGGUGACAAUUGUUCCGUAACAAAUCCGGACGAGAGGGAUAAAGAAAUUAGAAAACUACUUGGCGUGCUAAGGGAAAACCGAUAUCAAGAUCGGAAGGAGCGCAAGUGUUAAAGAAUUGACGAUAAAAUCGAAUUCCCCUAAAUUUCCUUCAAGUCAAGUCUUGACAAUAAAAAUUAAGAAAGGUAUCCAAGAGGUACAAAAAGAUUCAAAUUUUGACACUCGAAAAGUAAAAAAUAAUAUAUUUUAUGUUCAAACACAAAUAGAAGAUAAACAUAACUCAGGACAUAAAAAUGUUAAUACAAGGUGGAAUAUAUUUAAAAAUUC